AUGUCACCUCCACCAUCGAUAACAUCUUCCAACAUCGCGGAAGCGUACGCCAAGUGGGACAAGUACGUCGAAGACGUCGACAGCGAAGACGAAGACGAACGGUUGAGACAAGAAAACAUUGACCAACACGAAACCUAUCGCAAAUGGCAGUGGGAACAAAAACAGCAACAGAAGUUUGACCCAAUGCAAGCGAAAAGAGUGAAUUGGGAGAACAUGGGCGGGAACAAUAGCGAAAACCGCAUCAAAGAGCGCAUGAAAGCGAAAGAAAAGAACUUUUUCAAGCAGAAGACGUUGACCGAGUACAGUUGGGCGGAUUUCGAGACGUAUUUAGUCGUGUACGUGAAAUUAGACAUCGUCGAUAACGUGAAGUUGAUUGAAGAGCUCGCGUUCGUUCCGAGCGACAAGCGAGAGGCGUUUAUGGAGAAACGAUUCGACGUCGAGUUUCGGAAGUUUAGUUUCGAUUGCGUCGUCGACUUAUCGAGCGAGUUUGCGUUGUUUGCGGUAUCUGAAUUAGCUAAAGAAAUCGUUCCUGAAAAAUCGUCGGUGAUGUUACAACAAAACGGAAUGAUGACUUUUACGCUUCAAAAAUAUACGAGAGAGCGUUGGAUGCACUUGCGAAGAGGAGAAAAAGGAAGCAGCGAGUAA